UUUAACUAGAAGAAGAAUAAAAUGGGUUCACUAGGAGAAGAGCAGCCACAAGUAGCAGAAGACUGCAUGGGUUUGCUUCAACUCUUGAGCAACGGCACCGUUUUGAGAUCCAAGAGCAUUGACCUUAUCACUCAACAAAUCCCACUCGCUAACCACGAAACCGUUCUCUUCAAAGACUCGGUCUUCCACAAACCAAACAACCUCCACCUCCGUCUCUACAAGCCUGUUCUCGUCUCUAACCGUACCAUCCCCGUCGUGGUCUUCUUCCACGGCGGUGGCUUUUGCUUCGGCUCACGUUCUUGGCCUCACUUUCACAACUUCUGCCUCACUCUUGCAUCCUCCCUCCACGCCCUUGUGGUGGCCCCUGACUACCGUUUAGCACCCGAGCACCGCCUCCCGGCAGCCUUUGAGGAUGCAGAGGCUGCGCUUGUUUGGCUACGGGACCAGGCUGUUUCCAGUGACUGUGACCACUGGUUCGAAGGUGGACCGGGCGUUGACUUCGACAGGGUUUAUGUCCUUGGCGAUUCCUCCGGUGGGAACAUAGCUCAUCACCUUGCUUUCCGGUUCGGGUCUGGUUCAGUCGAGUUGAGUCCGGUUCGGGUUCGCGGCUACGUUCUUCUGGGACCAUUUUUUGGCGGGGAGGAGAGAACCAAGUCAGAGGAUGGCCCCUCUGAGAAAAAGCUAAACUUGGAUUUGCUUGACAAGUUUUGGAGACUUUCACUACCAGAAGGUGCAACAAGGGAUCAUCCCAUGGCUAACCCUUUUGGGCCGACGAGUCCUGCACUUGAAUCAAUUAGCAUAGAGCCAAUGUUGGUGAUCGCCGGCGGCUUGGAACUUCUGAAAGACAGGGCCAAAGAGUACGCAUAUAAAUUGAAGAAGAUGAGAGGGAAAAAAGUAGAUUACAUUGAAUUUGAAAACGAGGAGCAUGGUUUCUAUAACAACAGUCCAUCUUCAGAUGCUGCGCAACAGCUUCUUCGUAUCAUUGGAGACUUUAUGGACAACUUCUCCAAUAUAAUUUAGCACUUCGCUUGUUGUAGCUAGGUCACUAAAUAAGAGUUUACAUCAAUUAGGCUCUUCAACCUCAAUAAGUUUGCUUGGUGAAUCAUACAUAAUAUAAAUACAUAGAACGCAUAUAAUGUUUUUGGUUUCCUUGUAUCCUUUUUUUUCUUUUAACAUAAGUUUCGUUGUAUCCUUAUUCAUCGUAAUUAAUUAUCUUCUAUAUAUGUUUCUUUU